AUGGCGGCGGUGUGCGGCCGGGCCCUGCUGGCUCCGCUCGGCGGGCGGCUGCGGGCCUGUCCGCGGGCCUGUCCGCGGGCCCCGCUCCGCCCCUUCACCUCCGCCGCGCCGCUCUACGACGUGGUGGUGUCGGGCGGCGGCAUGGUCGGCAGCGCUAUGGCCGCCGCGCUCGGACAUGAUAUCCAUUUCCACGACAAGAAAAUUGCCUUGCUGGAAGCUGGGCCUAGGAAGGAAUAUUGCUUGCCAGAGGGCUACAGCAACAGGGUCAGCUCCAUCUCUCCUGGAUCAGCAACCCUCCUGAGCAGUUUUGGUGCCUGGGAUCAUGUCUGCAGCCUGAGGUGUAAACCGUUCCGACGCAUGCAGGUGUGGGAUGCUUGUUCUGAAGCCAUCAUCACUUUUGAGAAAGAUGACUUAGACGACAUGGGUUACAUAGUGGAGAAUGAUGUCAUUAUGUCUGCUCUUACAAAACAGUUAGAUGCAGUAGCAGACCGGGUGGAGGUUUUCUACGGGAGCAGAGCAGUGGGGUAUACCUGGCCCCUUCCCUCUCACAGCAGUGACACAAGCCCUUGGGUCCAAAUUGAGUUAGCUGAUGGACGCAGACUUCAGACCAAACUGCUGAUUGGUGCGGAUGGCCAUAACUCUGUAGUCCGGAAGGAAGCUGAAAUUCAGAACAUUGAGCAUCAGUAUGACCAGUCAGCUGUGGUGGCAACUCUUCAUUUGUCUGAGGCUACAGACAAUAAUGUAGCAUGGCAGAGGUUCCUCCCCACAGGACCAAUUGCACUUCUGCCACUAUCUGACACUACUAGCUCUCUGGUUUGGUCUACAUCUCAUGAACACGCUUCAAAACUUCUCACUAUGGACAAGGAAAGUUUUGUGGAUAGCAUCAACUCUGCCUUUUGGAGCAACAUAAACCAUUCUGACUUCAUUGACGCUGCUGGAGCCAUGUUUCGAUCUGCUCUUUCACUUCUGAAACCCUCGGGGACUGCAGUGCGUCAGCUGCCCCCCAGUGUUGCUGAAGUAGAUCCAGAGAGCAGAGCCAUGUUCCCUCUGGGGAUGGGGCACGCAGCGCAGUACGUCAGGCACCGCGUGGCUCUCAUCGGGGAUGCAGCACACAGAGUCCACCCACUUGCAGGACAAGGUGUAAACCUGGGUUUUGGUGAUAUUGCAUGUUUAGCUCAUCACCUCAGUGCAGCAGCCUUCAGCGGGCAAGAUCUGGGAUCCUUAAAACAUCUCUUAAGGUUUGAGACAGAACGUCAGAGGCACAAUGUCUCCUUGAUAGCUGCUAUUGAUUUACUGAAGAGGCUUUACUCCACAAGCCUUUCUCCCUUGGUGUUGCUGAGGACAUGGGGAUUGCAAGCAACAAAUGCCCUGCCUCCCAUCAAAGAGCAAAUCAUGGCUUUUGCCAGUAAGUGAUCCGUUCUCAGUUUGGAUCAGCAGUUUGCCAGUGUGUGCAUUAUUUGUAUAAGGACUGUCGCUGAUACAAUUUUUGAAUUGUGUUAUUUUAAUUUAACAAUAAAACUGAAGUACUGA